AUGGAAAGAAUGAAUGAAUUCGAUUAUGAAAAAUAUGAUGAUAAAGAAAUCCAAAAGAUUAUUAGUGAAACAAUUGAAUUAACUAUCGGUUAUCAAUCUUAUCAAGCAAAUCAAAUGAAUCAAUGGACAUCAAAUAUUGUUGAAAUUAUUUUAGAUUCAAUUGUUAAAUUAAAUCAUCAUUAUAAAUACAUUGUUUAUUGUGUUAUUAUGCAAAAGAAUCAUUCAGCUCUUCAUACAACAAGUUCAUGUUUUUGGGAUUUUGAUCAAGAUUGUUCAUCAACAUUUCAUUGGGAAAAUGAAUCGAUGUACGCGGUUGUAUCAGUUUAUGGUUUAGCCAUUUAA